UUUUAUCAUUUAAAGCCUCCAAAAAUCUUAAAACUCUCACUUAAUUAAGAGUAAAGAUUAGAGAAAUGGUGAGAGCUCCUUGCUGUGAGAAGAUGGGAUUAAAGAAAGGUCCAUGGACUCUUGAAGAAGAUCAAAUUCUUAUCAAUUAUAUUCAACUUUAUGGCCAUAGUAACUGGAGAGCUCUCCCUAAACAAGCUGGUUUAUUAAGAUGUGGUAAGAGUUGCAGGCUGAGAUGGACAAAUUACUUAAGACCAGACAUUAAACGAGGAAAUUUUACUGGAGAAGAAGAGGAAACCAUCAUCAAAUUGCAUGAAAUGUUAGGAAAUAGGUGGUCAGCUAUUGCAGCAAGAUUACCGGGACGAACAGACAAUGAAAUUAAAAAUGUUUGGCACACCCACUUGAAAAAAAGAAUUAAGCAAUCCGCCGCUACCGGCGUCGGAACCGCCCCUAGAGAAUUUAAAAGACACUCAAGAACUAACAAUGAAGAAGUUAAAAAAGAAUGGGAAUUUGUGAGUUUAUCAAAUUAUAAUGACGUCGCAAAGUUCGAAUUGUCCGAUGAUGUGCCGGGGAUGGAUGAAGAAUUCUGGUCGGAAGUAUUAUCGAGUGAUAAUUCUAGCUCGGAAAGUGAUUUAUCGGCGGCGGUUAAUAGUAAUAAUUCUGAAGCAGUCCAAUAUGGGAGUAAUUUAAAUAUUUAUGAUAGUAUGGAUUUUUGGUAUAAUUUAUUCACAGGAGCUGGUGAUUCAUUGGAAUUACCAGAAAUUUGAGUUAUUUUGAUGUACUUUUUAUUUUUAUUUUCUUCAAAUUUUGGGAUGUUCGGAUGGAAAAAAGAUCUGAUCCAAUUUUUGUUUAUUAUUUAGAAGAGAGACAACGUAGGGUUUGAAUGAUUUAAAUUUAUCUAAUUUUAGUAAAUAAUACUCCAUCUGAAUUUGUUCUA